AUGGGCUGGGAUCAAGUCAUCCAGGACUCCGACGAGGACGAGCCUCUUAUGGAGGAUGAGGCUCCGACCUCAAUUGGACCACUGCAAGGUCACGAGUCCCCGAAGCAACAGCUUUUUGACAACCUGGACUGUCAUGUCGCGGAACAACAAGCAAGAUACCCAAUCGACCAACCAGCAGCUAGGGAAGUCAGCACGGAACCGCAGCUAAGCGUCAAUUUCGACCAAUUCUUGCAGUCACAGGAAUUGUCGCAGUCGGCAAUUACUUCGUCGCAGCUGCGCCGGGAGGAACGCUGGAUUCCCUCGACUGGGGACGGCGGGGGUGGAUCAAUUGGGGCGAUGAUGACCGAGAUCGGGCGUGCACAACGGCGACUACUCAAUGACGACUCCACGAGCAGUGUCCAACCUCUUCCCUCCACCGCCACUCCAUACCAGAGCGAGAUCUCCCUACCCGGCUCGUUUCCUACACUUCCGACCUACCAAUACCAGCAUACCAACGAGACUGUCAAGAAGACUUUGAACGACAAUUUCGCGUAUAGUCGGCCAGCCCUAGAUGCCUCGUACGAGGCGACCCAGCUUGUUCCCCAGAUCCAUACGAACAUCUAUGAAUACAGCACACCUGCAGACUCGAAUGAUGUAGAAUUGCCGUAUGGCGACUCGAACGAACGGGCCGCGACAUUCUCUACGUCCGUCCAACCACCUGAGGGCGUAUGCGCAAAUCAAGAGCACAAGUUGUCCCAACGGUCCAAAUCUAUGCAGUCGCAACCAUGGUCUCCGCAUGACACCGAGCCUUUAUCAUCCGUUGUUUCCCCUGGAUUGAACAGAUCCAAAAGCGAAAAUGCCAAGUCUGCUCUCAUGUCACCGCAGCAUUCUCCGACCAGCGCGUACGAUGAGCUUUCUCUUUCCGUUGUUGCGCCUGUAACGGCACUGGAGCCUUCCACUGUCAAGAAGAAGCGUGGCCGCCCGAAGAAGCAUUCCUUGCCGGAGCAUGAUGAAGAUGAUGAGCUUGCAGCGCCUCGGGAUUACGGGUUUGAACUCAGUAAGGCGGCUGAAAAGCGGCGACCUGGGCGUCCUCGCAAGAAUUCAGAAGCAGCGACUGGCAAGACAGAAAUCACCGAGAUCGCCGCCGAUGGAGACGAGCCUUCAAAUAAUGAAGUCAAGGCAAAUAGUGGGCCAGGGCUUAUGGUCGUCCUUCCUGUUGCUCUGGGUGGACUGAGCAAAGGGACGGUACGGGCAGCAGAGUCCGGAAAGUGGGCUACAAAGGAGCCCAAGAAAAUGAAAGUCAAAAGAAGCAAGACCGCCUCGACCGUGCUGGACAAGUCUCAUGGAGCGGAUUUUGAGGACGAUGUCAUAUGGGUAGACUCGAGACCUCUCCAAGUGGAUGAGAACAACACCGCCGAGCUAGUAGCCGGUGCCCCCCUGCAGGCGCAAAAUGAUCCCAAUGGAGCCAGCACUGACGAAGCGCCUGGGCCGAAAAAGCGCGGGCGUAAGCGAAAGAAGACUGCCGAGCAGCUCGGAUCUGAAGCUGCGCCAGCAUCAAAAGACCAACAGCAACCCCCAGAGGCUGAAGCCACCGCUUCAAACAACGCCCCCACAGACACAAGCACAUUGAACCCGGACCCGGAACCUCAAAAUGAACCCACAGAGCCUGUCAAAGAGGAUAAUCCUCGUCAACCCGAGUCCACUACUUUUAACACAGUCCCAUGCGAACCUCUCCCACAAACGCCACAGCCGACAAAAGGAAAAGAUAUCAACUCAACAACAGCAAAGGAUUCCCACAAGGGACCAACCAAGCACAGCCCGAUACUGUCCACAACUAAAGUGCCGUAUCGCGUCGGUUUGAGCAAGCGGGCUCGGAUUGCGCCUCUGCUGAAGGUCGUGCGGAAAUGA